GGAAGGCAUCAGGUGGCUAGAGAAAGAGAAAGUCCCAUCCACUAACAAAAACAAUCUGGAGGAGAAGGACGGCAGCUCUUCUGACAGUGUAAAGGAGACUCAAUCUGUUUCUUAUUCUGUGUGGAGGGGUAGCGCUUAUUAUUGUCUGUUCGGUGCACUCUGUUGCCGUUGGAGAUAAACUGGGGCAACACCUGAGAAGGAGGCGGGAACGGAACGCUGUCUUUCUGGAGAACUGAGCUGCUGUUAUCUUCCCCUGGUGGACGUAGGGGAGCGAGGGAAGAGACAGAGGCCUGGUUGGAGGGAACAUUCUGGGCUUGACUGAAAGACCUGUGCUCCAUUCUCAGCUCUGAGGUGGUUAUAUGGCCAGAAGGAAAUCCUGUAACACAUCUGAUCAACUAAAGAAUGAUAUUUUCCACACCUGUGCUGUGACCUACUACAGGACUGAAGCUACUGUAUGUGGAAGAGUCUUCUCUGGCCUAGGAGGAUUUACAAGUCACAAAGAGACCAUAUGUCAUCUGUGAUUGUAACCUAGCCACAACCAUCAGGGGAUGGCGCUGUAAGGCAGACCAUCACACACUUGCUCAUAACACAGUUAUAACAUAGUCAUACCAUUGUGACGUGACACUGAGUCAGUGUCUUGGUGAGGCUCCCAGGCCAGGCCUCUUCACGAUGCAGCAGCCGACAGGAGGAGUGGAGCAGCAGGACGAAUCUUUUGAUUUCCUGUUCAAGAUCAUCCUGAUUGGAGACUCUAACGUGGGGAAGACCUGUGUGGUCCAGAGCUUCAAGUCAGGACAGUUCUCUGAGAGGCAACAGAACACCAUAGGGGUGGACUUCACCGUGCGGACAGUGGACAUCGAGGGCAAGAAAAUUAAGAUGCAGGUAUGGGACACAGCUGGACAGGAGCGUUUCCGGACCAUCACCCAGAGUUACUACCGCAGCGCCCACGGCGCCAUGAUCGCCUAUGACAUCACACGCCGCGGAACCUUUGACUCUGUGUCCCAUUGGAUCAGAGAGGUGGAGCUGUACGGCGCGGCCAAUAUAGUGCUCUGUCUCAUUGGUAACAAGUCUGACCUGGAGUCUGAGCGUCGGGUGUUGUUCCAGGAGGCGUGCUGUAUGGCUGAGGAGAGAGGCAUCCUGGCAGCGUUAGAGACCUCAGCUAAGGAGGCUCAGAACGUGGACGAUGCCUUCAUGAUGAUGGCCCGCGAGUUGCUGGCACGCAACGGCAUGGCCGUCCAGCAACAGGCGCCUAGCAACAACGACUCGCCUCGCGUCCUGCUCCGAGCCAACUCAAGACCAAUCAACGGGCCGGCGGUGAUCGCAGACAAGAAGACGUGUUGCUAACAUACAGAGGAGGAAGGACAACAGAGGGAGUUUAAGAAUGGAUACCUGGGGGGACAUGAGUGCGUGCCACUGUUCUACCUGGAAGUGUACAGAAUAGGGCAGGGAUCAUCAACUACAUUCAGCCGCCAGACCAUUUUUUCUGGAACAGAUGGUCGAUGGGCCGGAACAUAAUUACAAAUAAUUUGUCAACUGCAAAUUGACCGCAAGAAGCCGAAACAGAUAUAGUUUGACUAAAACAUUAUUUCAAAACCUUGCUUCCAUAUGUAUCAUUCACGUGUCUCUCUAUUAUGGGUGGGAAUACUUGGGAACAGAUUUCUUAAAUUAAAAUCAC